AUGAAGGGCGCUAGCGGUCUUGCGCUCGCCCUGGCCAUUUGCUCCGUCGGAGUAUCAGGUUUCUACUUCCAAAUCGACUACAACGACGAGCGCUGCUUCUACGAAAGCGUCCCCUACAUGGCCAUGCUCAGCGUCAAUUACGACCUGCUCAACCCAGAAGCGCGAUCGUGCGUCGUGAGAAUAACGGACGACGAGCGAAAGGUGCUGCAGAGCACCAACCUCAAGGAACUGCCGGCGAAAGGACGGGUCACGUACGUCGCCCAGGUCGAGGGCACCUACCACGUAUGCAUUGAAUGCCCCGGGCAGAUGUGGUACGUCUCGCACAUGGCCAAGAUCGGGCUCUCCACGGAGAUAGCGGACGGAAGCGACAAGUACGGCCGCCACACGCAGUACGAUGUGGACAAGGAGACCACGGCGAAGAAGGAUGAGAUCAAGGUCCUGUCGGAAGACCUCAGCAAGUUCGCAGCCAACAUCAUGAACAUCAAGAGCCACCAGCGGAUGGAGAGCGCCACUGUGAAGGAGCUGCACGACACCUACAAGAACAUGUACAGCUACAUCCUCUAUUUCUACAUCCUGCAGUUCGUCAUCAUCGGAGCAACCGCCGGGUUCUCGGUGUACCACAUCACCAAGUUCUUCAAGGCGUACAGAAUCGUUUAA